ACACACAAAAAUGCCCUGAUUGUUAGCCAUAAAACCCAACGGAGACACCGCUCUCUAUUUGAAACCAUCUUUCUUUUUCUCUGCAAUCUCGCAGAGGCGCUUUUUGAGAAAGACUCGCCAAACCCCACGUAUAAUCCAAGUCCAAAAGAAAAGAAAAAAAAAAAAAUACCCUCCAAAGAAGAAUAAGCAAGACAUUCUCAAAAACUCUCAAAUUUUCCCAACAAACAAACACAAAUUCUUUCUUCUUCUUUCUUUUUUAAUUUUUUUUUUUUUUGAUCCCAUAUGUGAUAUGCAUCAGAAGAAAUCAGAAGCUCAGAUCGGAAAAGAAAGCAGCGGCGUCUCUUCCGAUUUCAACCCUGCCCCACCUCUUCUUUACCAUUCUACUCAUCACCAUCCUCCUUCUUCUCCUACAAUCUCUGUCAAAACCCAUAAUCAAUACCACCAUAACAUCCAGUUUCCUCAAUACCCAUCUCAAGGUCUUGCCCCAAAUGACCUUCUACCAAUCCCCACCACGCCUUACAAGCGUCCUCUUUUGACCCAAACCCACUCUUCCCUCUCCAAAUCCCCUACCCUUUAUAAAUUCCCUCCUCCCCAUCAAAACCCACCUUGUUUCUCUCGCUCCUUCGCCGCCAAGACUGGAGCUUUUCGCCUCCUCCGCCGUCUCAACCGCCUCCGCCGCCUUGUCAUCUUGCUCUCUUUGCCGUUCUUCUACUUUCUGGUAUCCCAUCCCAGCCACUCUUUCUUGCUUGAUUUUCUCUCUGCUUUUGCAUUCUCUGCUGCCCUCUUGUUCUCGCUUAAUCUCGCUCUCCCUCGCCUUCCUUCUAUACGGUUGUUCCUUGCCCGCUCAAUCCCAAUUAAGCUCAUAUCCCCAUCUUCCUUGUCUAGACCUCCUUUGCCCGUGUUUUGGUCAAUUGGGUCUCGGCCAAAAUCGGAGAAAAGAUUGAAUUCUGGGUGUUGGGUUCAGGCUUUUAGCAACGGGGAUAUGUAUGAGGGGGAGUUUCAUAAGGGAAAGUGCUCGGGGAGCGGGGUGUAUUACUAUUAUAUGAGUGGGAGGUAUGAGGGGGAUUGGGUUGAUGGUAAAUAUGAUGGCUAUGGCGUAGAGACAUGGGCAAGAGGAAGCAGGUAUCGGGGGCACUAUAGGCAGGGUCUUAGGCAUGGGUUUGGGGUGUAUAGGUUUUAUACCGGGGACGUUUAUGCUGGGGAAUGGUCUAAUGGGCAGAGUCAUGGGUGUGGAGUUCAUACAUGUGAGGAUGGGAGCAGAUAUGUUGGGGAAUUCAAGUGGGGGGUCAAGCAUGGGCUUGGCCACUACCAUUUCAGAAAUGGGGACAUGUAUGCUGGAGAAUAUUUUGCAGACAAGAUGCAUGGUUUUGGGGUCUAUCAAUUUGCGAAUGGGCAUCGGUAUGAAGGAGCCUGGCAUGAGGGUAGAAGGCAAGGGCUCGGAAUGUACACAUUUAGAAAUGGUGAAACUCAAUCUGGUCAUUGGCAAAAUGGAGUUCUUGAUGUUCCAAGUACACAGAAUACAACUUAUCCUGUAUCUCCUGUUGGUGUUUAUCAUUCAAAAGUACUUAAUGCAGUGCAGGAAGCACGUAAAGCAGCCGAAAAAGCCUAUGAUGUGGCAAAGGUUGAUGAAAGAGUAAACAGGGCUGUAACAGCAGCUAACAGGGCAGCAAAUGCGGCUAGAGUAGCAGCGGUAAAGGCUGUUCAAAAACAGAUGCAUCAAAAUACUAACAACGCCAACAUUCCAAUACCUUGCAUGUGAGACCCCCUACAAUUUCCACAUUUUUAUCAGUACAAAUCUGUGUUGGGAGAGCAAGAGAAAGCUGGCUUUUUUAUGGAUUUUCUUUUUCUAGUAGCUUUGUAAUGUAUGCUUAUCUUCUCUUUGGCAUGCAUCUUUUGCUUUGAGAAGGUGUGGCUUGGGUGCCACCCUGAACUUGUUGUAGGGAGAAUCCAACAGAAGAGGUUUAAAAAUGUCCAAGAUUGCUUUUUAGCUUGUGUAUAGAUACAGAGAGAGAGAGAGAGAGAGAGAGAGAGAGCUACUAAUUUUUGCUUUCCAUCUUAGUUCAGUUUUGUAUAGAUGAUGUCAUUGUAAUAUAUAAGUGCUGGUGCCCUGGUGAAACCUUGACCCAGCCAUUGUUCCAUUCCUUAGUUUUUCUGUUUUUCAAUGACAGUUGAUCUUAUGCUAA